UGGAAGUCUGGAUGUGGAGGUGCCUGCCUGCUGCGCCGACAGGAUGUCACAAGCUGGAGUUGAGUUGAAUCAGAGUCAAUGAUCUGGGAGCGCUUGCCUGAUGUCAUCCACAAGACUGAUCCGGAGGAUCCCGUUGGCUCUGCGAUCCACUCAGCAGACUUCCAGCCAAACGGAGGGCGACUGGCCACAGGCGGAGCUAACAAGGUGCACAUAUGGUGGCUUGACAUGCACGGCAAGGUGCGACAACCGCAUCGAGGGCCGGCCAUUGACCUGACAGACGAGAGCGGUGACGGGGGAGGUCGUGUUGAAGAUCGGGACUAUCUGCCCCGCUGCGGUUGCAUUCGGCUGGCGACGCUGUCCCAUGGGAACAGCAGUGUGUCGACGGUGCGAUGGAGCCCUUCCGGCAACCAGCUGGCGUCGUGCGACUGGCCGCCUCCUCUCGCAGAUGAUCCCCUCAUUGGCCCCCAGCUGCAGCCGAGCAGAGAGCCAGCCAUCGAGUCAGGCGCCGUGCUGAUCUGGCAGCGAUUCAACAACGGCGGCCAGUCGGCAUCGGCGUCAGCAUCAGCGGCAUCUUCCAAGGAGCAGAACCUGGAGGACUGGCGUCGCGUGCACAUUCUGAAGCCCUCACCUGGCACCCAGACGAGGGAGGUAUCGGACAUAUCGUGGUGUCCGGACGGCCUCCACCUGGCAUCGAGCGGCACUGACGGCAAAGUGCUCAUCUGGCACGUGCAGACCCAGACACUGAGGAGCACCUUGUCGCUGGGAGCCAAUGCCGGUGCCGAGUGGGCCAACGGCAUCGCCUGGGACCCCCUUGACCAGUUCAUGGUCGUGGCAUUGGAGCAGAAGGGCCGGCUGAUCGCUGUCUGGGAGCGCAGCGACAGAGUGGAGAGGCAUCGUCAUCAGGUGUGUGGCGGUGGACAUGAGGGGUCGUCCGAUGGUGGCGAGAGGGAGGAGGGACAGGUCAGCGCGGCCGACGGCAUCGAGAGCAGCGAUGGACAGUGGAGACUGACAGCCACCAUACGCGAGCCAUUCGAGGACGGUACGCACGGACAACGGCACACGUACAUGCGGAGAUGAACGAACGAACGAAUGCACGCCGUUCGUGUUAUGCUGUCCGUGGUUGGCUGUGGUAUCUAUCGUCUGUCUGUCUGUCUGUCUGUCUGUCUGCAGGUCCCCGUCAGCCGUCGUUUUACCGGCACCCAUCAUGGGACCCCGAGGGCCGCAAUGUCGUCUUACCGUACGGUGAGUCGCCCAACAGCCAUGCCACAUUCGGCGUGCUCUUCGAGCGGGGCCGCUGGGCUGACGAGCCGUGGCGCUUUCUCGGACACCCGCACCGUGUCUGUGCCGUGCGAUUCUUACCCGUGGCUUUGAUGCCACUCGCCGGCAAGCAGCCCUUCUGCUUGUGCGCGAUGGGGAGCCACGACGGUGCGCUGUCGAUAUGGAAGUGCGGAGGGCACCAGGUGGUGUGCUACGCCAUCGUCAAGGACUUCCUGCAGCCCGACGCUUCCCUCAUCGACCUGGCCUGGACCAACGACGGCCUCGCCCUCGUCAUCACGUGCAGCGACGGAUCGGCGGGGCUCUUCCGAUUCGAUGCCAACGACAUGGGGGGCAGGCCGCAGAAUGAGGGCGGUGCAGCUCUGGCGAGACCCCCCUCAUGCACCGGCCUGGCUGCUCAGGCGUCGCGUUUGCGGCCCCUCCACCCACUCAAGGGCACCGCACCUGCCGCCCCACAACAGGCACAGCACAAGAGAGAGGAAGAGCCGUCCAAGGCAGCAGCAGCAGCAACGGAUGACAGGGAGCCCCCCCCAAGACCUUCCCCCGCAGCACCGGCUGCAUCACCAGCACCAGCACCAGCACGGCCUGCAGCAGCAAUGGCGGCAGGUGGAGCGAUGGGGAUGCCGAGUGCUGAGGAGGUGCUCGACCAUCAGAGGCGGCACACGAGUGAGCAGCAGGGGAGGAAGCGCAUCGCCCCAUUGAUCCUGCAGGCGUCUUCUCCUGCCGCUGCGCAUCCGCAGCCUCAGGUGGGUCUGGUCGGUCAGUGGAUCUUUCUAUCAUGCACACAGGCCUGAUUCGGUCACAUAUUUAUGUGGUCUUUCUGCCUUCAGGCUGCAGCAGCAGCAGCAGCAGCGCCACGGUCCGGGAGCCCUCCACCCCUCUCGCCCCCGCCCCCCGGCACCCCGUCGCCAUCGGCAUCUUUGCCAGCCGUCGACAGACAGGAGCCACUCAAUCUGCUGCCCGAGGGGGCAGAGAGGAAGAAACGCAAGCGAAAGAAGGACGCUCUGCCUGGAGACAACAGCGACGAGGAUGGUCGCCGUGGUGACGAGGGCAAUAACGUGCGGCCGCCAGCAGGCAAGAAGGCCAAGAAAGCUGCCGCCCCCCCGCAGGACAAGAAGCCCCAGCAGCAGCAGCAGCAGCAGCAGAGGCAGCAGAAACGUGCUCCAGAGGCGGCCGCUGGUGGGCGGGGUGGGCGGUCGGGCAAUGUCACAGCAGCCGCAAGCAGAAGGCCGCACAGGGCCCCCCGUCUGUCCAUGGCGUCCAUCCAGGCCACUGUGCGUCAUCUGGACCCCUUCUAUGAAGCCCACCGGGACGACAUGGGCAAGAUCUUGGCGGCCUUGACGGAGCAGGGGCUGUCAUAUGAUCGCAUCGACGGUCUGGUCGACACUAUGGAUGUGCCGUAUGCCGAGCUGGUGGUCCGCAAUGACACCGAGGGCGCCGGGGGGUCCAGGCUUAUCUACGAGCUCCACGAGCCGGGCUGUCAGGGAGGCGACACAAGCGACUUGAACAGGGUUGUCAACGGCGUGUCGAGCCGCCACCUUGCCACCACCGCCACCACCACCACCACCACGACCCAGUGGGACUACUGCUUCCCGCAGGACGUUAUAUCGCACUUGGCCAUCUCGUCCUCCCUCAUCGCCAUCGCCACGGCCCCCCCGCCCCCCACGCCCCCUGUCAACCCGUCCUGCCGGCUGCCGGCCACCCAACCCACGCGUCUCAAGGGCUGGCAGCCCAAUCGGGCAGAGGUGCAUUUGGUCCGUCGGCAGACCGGCUCGCUGUGCCUGGGAGGCCUGCAGGUGGGCGGGGGCGGCGUGGUGGCCAUCGCACUCGACGCUCGUCGGCUUGGGGUCCUCAGCGGCGACGGACGUCUGCAGCUGUGGUGUUUGGACAAGCCACAUGCAGGUGUGAUGGGCGUGUGUCUGCUGCGGCCACUGAUGGAGACCAACGUGAUGCCCUUCUGCCUCGACAAUAUGAUCGGCGUCCAUUCGGAGGGCAGCACAGAGGCGAAAGUCGACUCGGUGGCCCAGAUGUUCCUCUUGCACCAUGACGGCAUUGAUGGCCUGGCCCUCUGCUUCAGGUCUGGCCGUGUCUUGGCGCACCAGCCGGCGAUGAAGGCAUGGCUGCGCGUCGAUGCGCUGCCAUAUCCCCAGUCGCAGCACUACGGCAAUGUGCCUGGUGGUGGUGGUUUUGAGGAGGCUCCCCGCCCUGCUGACAUGGCUAUCCCGCCCCUCUCCCCCUGUCCCCUUGCCGCACUGCAACACUACCACCCUUCGCACAGACACAAGCACAAGGCCGCCAACAGUGGGGCGCCUUCCAACGGCCCACCACCAGCAGCGGCAGCGGCAGCAGCGGCAGCCCCCGCUGCGUGCGCGUCAAUGUCAUCUGGCCGGAACGGUCAUGGUGGGCCUCUCACUCGAGUGGGUGCCUUGGUGGGUGUGGUGACGGCGCAGCAUUUGCACCACCAGUACUGCUGCAGCUGCCUUGUUGGCAGCAACAGGGAAGUGGCUUUCUGGCUGGCGGCACUGGUGGGGCACCUCCUCGACCAUGGGAGGGUGGGGCAGCUGGCUGAUGUGCUCGAGGGGCUGCUCGGGUGGAUGGCCGGAGACCACACGCAGACAGAGGGGGCGGACGUGAUGAACGACGGGCGGUUUGUGGGCGGCAUGUCGGCGUGCAAUGGUGGGCAGGACGUCAGCAUGAGGGCGGGGGACAGUGGUGCCGCAACCAGUGACCGAGGGCCAGGUGGGUGUGGCCAACAAGCAAACGAACACACCAAUCCACGAACAUACGGACACACACAUCUGUCUGUCUGUGAAUCUUUGCAGGUGUUGGUGUGGUGCCCGUUGCGAGUGCCAUUAUGUCGCCCCUCUUUCAGCGGCCCCCCACACAACGAGCUGCGCUGAUGGGCCUCAUCAAGGCGGCCCUGCUGCCCCGUCUGGAGGCCGCCCCGUCAACAAGACCCACCACACCCUUAGCGAGUCAGCCGGUGGCCGGGCUGGUGGGUGACGUCAAGACAAGGCUGGCUGCCGUCCAAUGCAUUGAGAUGAAUGAAUAGCCACAUUCAUACAGACAUUGCAGUCAG